AUGCUUCUGAUUCCCUUAUUAAAUUUUCGACUUAAAACUGGAUACUCUAGGAAUAUUCCGGGUUCACUUUGUGAAAAAUGUAUGAGGCAAUUGAAAUGCAUCCAAGAUUUUGUGUUGGCAACGAAUUUCGGUGCUAUCAAAGGCGUUAUUGACUUCAGUAGUUUGUCAUUUCAUUUAAAUUAUGAUUCUAACGCAACUUUGUCGUCUGGCCUGCAGGGAGCCUUUAUUAUGCUAAUUGUAAUUGCUAUGAAUCAUAAUAAACUAGCUUUGCAACGGGACAAUCCGAUACCUGCAAAAAGGACUGGGUCAAGUUCUGGUGACACCCUUACUGCCUUCGAAAAUGGACAAGUUGUCACUGAUGACGCUGCGCAGUCAUCAGGCAAGAUAUGCGACAAUUCGGGAGACAAAAAUGCUUUAAAUCCAUUGUUUAAUCAGUAUUUGUGGAAAGCUGUUUUCUCCCCUCGUCAACUUUUGCCCCAAAACACUCCUGUCAAAUCUCAAAAGCACUUGUCACAUUUCAUGGCAUAUGUAGACAAGAUUGUUUAUUGUGCUAUUUGGUACAUACAUUUUGUUUCCCUCAUUGCUAUGAAAGAAAUAGGCUGUAGUAAGAAAUCACACAAAUCUGAACCAUUAAGCAGUCUUUUUACACACAAGUCGAAUUAUACGGAUGCUGAUUUAUCGUGGAAUUUUCUUAAAGAACUAUUAGAAGAUGGUGCCAUGACCACAGUAUUUCCUAGUGUGUCUGUCAAACCUCACACGUCUUGUGCAGAAAGAGCAUGCUCCUUCGUAUACUUGUUCUUGUUCUCACUUCUACUCGAAAUAAUCCAAAUGCUGAAGCCAGAAAACGUUGCAUUAAAGCUGCACUCCCGUCCAUUUUUUGAAAAAUUCUUAGGGAAUAGUGACCUGGACGUUGGGAGAACAACUGUUUCCAAGAAGAAGGAGAGGAAGAAGAUUGGGGUGAUUACUUGUAUGAAACUAGAAGAUAUUGAGGGGUAUUUCAAAUAUGUAAAUCUGUUUUCAUACACAGCCCUGAUUGCCGAUUUAAGCCAUCCUAUUGGUGCCAAAAUAAAAGCGCUGAAUAAUGAUGGAAGGAUGGACUCAUUGGAAAACUUAAAUGGAAGUGAAAGGCUUACUAACAAAUAA